AUGGAUCCUGGCCCACUUCCUCCGCAGCUUACAGGCCUUACUGUAGUAGAGCAGCAAUUGAUAUCCAGAAUAUCGCCAGCUAUAAAUGUUUACCUUUUGAAACAUGGGGGGAUAGCGGCCAAUGGUCACUGUGUGACAUUUCCCCAACAAGUAAAUGAGCCAUCUCAAAUACUGCCAAAACUCCCAUCAGAAAUAAACAUAAUUAAAGUAAAGAAACAAGACAAAAAUGGAUCACCCAAGGACUACCGCGUUCGACGCUUCACAGUCCAAAACGCUUUAGCAUGGUUAAAACUUAACAAUGUCGCUUAUUCCGACAUCAUCAUCAGUAAUGAACGAUUAAAUAACCUUCCACUGGAUGGUGAUAUUGCCCUUCAAGACUUAGAUGUAUCAUCCGUUCAACACAGUAAUGACAAGGGUCCAGCAGACAACCAAACUAAUCCGGGUCAAACUGAUGGAAUAAGUGAUUCUUGCGUUGAGCUUCCAGAACCAGCAGUAGACAUUCAAUCAAAAGUUGAAGAAGUCUUGCAAGAAAUCAUUGGUCCUGACCAUAACCCAGUCAGCAUCAAGAAAAAUGUUGUCAACAUUCCCUGGCUCACAAGAGGCGACAAGCCACUUUCGGAAUUCACCACAAAGUAUUUCUUUACGCUAGCAUUCCCAUGUCUUUUCCUGACAGCAUCUGGGGAUUUUUACGUAAAUCGUCCACACACAUGCGAGUCCAUGUCUGAAUGGGCAGAUCAUUUAUUAUGGUACAAGGAUGGACGCUUUGCACAACAUCAAUAUUUUAAAUUUAUUGUGCAUAACAUAAUCACGCGAAAACGCGCACUACAAAGAAGUACAUAUAUUGUGAAUCAGCAACUUGGUGAUGGACACAUUACAGUAGAAGAAUUACGGGACAAACUUCAAAACGGAGAUACUUCAAUUCCACAAAAGGUUCUAUACUUUGCAGCUACUCUGCGAGGCACGUCGCAAUACUGGGCUCAAAGAUCAAAGGAACUACGAGCCCUAAUCCAAUUCCAGAUAAAUGAAGGAAAAGUUAUGGGACCAGCUUUCAAUGUAGACGCCUUCUGGUACCGACAAGAAUUCGCAAAGUCACGAGGAAUGAUACAUUGGCAUGGUCUAUGUUGGAGAAAAGACCGACAACCUCAUAACUUGAUGUUUGACGCACUCCAGAGAGGACUAUCCGAUACUCAGUGUGCUAGUCAUUUGUCCAACUGGGCAGAGGCCGAGUUUAAAAUGACCGCUUCCAGCAGGAACAGAUGA